CGUUGAUUUUUCUAAGUCUUUUUCACCCUUAACCACCACAGCCUACCCCUCGACUUUUUAUGUCAAAGAACAAGAAGACGAAGUCCCGAGGUAUACAUCCACUACUCCUCGCACAUGGCCAAGAACAAGAAGGAGAAGAAUCGAAGUAUGAAAGGUGAUUAUGCGACUUAUCACAAAACUGAGGUUUUUUGCAAGUGUUCCGAAUGUACUGGAGAAUGUAGGCCCAAGGGCAAGUCAGUACUGAAGUGGAAGGAACGGGAACAUCGCAAGAAGGAGGCGGAGCGCAAGAAGGCCCCCAGAAUGUGUCUGGAGUCCAUCAAGACCAUCGAAACACUUGCUGCACACCAGGUAAUGCAGCAACCUGAAGCAGGGCCUUCUUGGCGUGUUGUUGAAGCAACACACAACCAUCCUUUUCAAUUGUCUGAGCCACCUGAGCUGCGUCAUUCACGCUCUCUGCAGCAGCUCGAGUCUGCUCCUGAUAUGGAUGUAGAUGGUCUUGAUGUUGGCGAGAGUUGGAAUGACCUGCCUGAUGUUGGAAGUGCAGUUCCUAGUGUUGAAAGAAUGAUCGGAGAGACUUCUGGAGUCUCUGCAUCUGGGGAUUUGGCUCCAGACCCCCAGCUUACUACCCUGCCUGCUGAUGAUGACUUCGCUGAUGAUUUAUGCAGUGUCAUAUCAAAGGAGCUGCCAGCUGCACUUGACACUGAUGUUGACAUCAAUUUUAUACCUGACGAUGGCCAGGAUGAUUUGAUGUCUCUCGAUGGUGGUCAUGAGAUGGUAGAGAUAUGUGCAACUGAGCUGAGUAAUGGAAUAGAUGAUGAUGGCUCACAGGCACCAGUGGUGCCCACCCAUACUCACAAUCCGCAGAUGCACCUGGAAGAUGCCAUCACCAUGAAACAGCUGUCGAAGGGGAGCUAGUGCUGGAGCUUCCUCAUCCCCCCUCAGUAGUCUUAGCUGCAGCAUCCCCUCACUGGUUUUGGAAAAUUAUCCUGCUGCUCAUUGUGUGGCUAAAUUUUCACUAUCAUCUGCUGC